CCGCCCGCCCCGCGCCCGGCCGCGGCCGCCGCAGCAUCAUGGCCCCGACCCUGCUCCAGAGGCUCUUCAACAAAAAGGGCAGCGGCGGCGGCGGCGGCGGCGCGGCGGCGGCCGCUGCCCAGAGCCGGGCGCCCAGGGAAGGACCCGCCUUUAGUUGGUCCUGUUCGGAGUUUGAUCUGAAUGAGAUUCGCCUGAUCGUUUACCAGGACUGCGAAAGGAGAGGCAGACAAGUCUUGUUUGAUUCCAAAGCAGUCCACAAGAUCGAAGAGAAAACCGAGGAUGUCCCCAUCACCUGCUGCCCGGGCAGCAGUGGCAGCGGCAGCCUCGGGAGUGGCAGCAGCUUCUCGUUGUCGCACGGGUCCAGCGGGUCCCUACAGCACGCUCGGGAGCAGCUCCCCAGGUACCAGUACACAAGACCAGCUUCCGAUGUCAAUAUGCUGGGGGAAAUGAUGUUUGGCUCUGUCGCUAUGAGUUACAAAGGCUCUACCUUAAAGAUACAUUAUAUACGUUCUCCUCCACAACUGAUGAUUAGUAAAGUCUUCUCUGCUAGAAUGGGCAGCUUCUGUGGGAGUACAAAUAACUUGCAAGACAGCUUUGAAUCCAUCAACCAAGAUCCUAAUAUGGGAAAACUGAGCGCAAACCAGAAUAAUUUGGGUCCUUGUCGUACUGGAAGUAACCUAGGUCUGCUGCAGGCCUGCAGCGGCAAACUGCUGCAGGGGGUGGCUGACGGAGGACCGCUCCGGCUCACCCGGAGUGCUUCUUUCUUCGCAGCACACAGCACGCCAGUGGACAUGCCAAGCAGAGGACAGAAUGAAGACAGGGACAGUGGCAUUGCCCGAUCAGCCUCGCUGAGCAGCCUUCUGAUCACGCCCUUCCCGUCGCCGAGCUCCUCCACGUCCUCUUCCAGCAGCUACCAGCGCCGCUGGCUACGAAGUCAGACCACAAGCUUGGAAAACGGCAUCAUCCCAAGGAGGUCGAUCGAUGAGACGUUCAGCUUGGCCGAGGAAACAUGUAGUUCUAAUCCAGCCAUAGUUCGGAGGAAGAAAAUUGCAAUUAGCAUCAUCUUUUCCCUGUGUGAGAAAGAGGAAGCACAAAGGAAUUUCCAGGACUUCUUUUUCUCUCAUUUCCCCCUGUUUGAAUCUCACAUGAACAGGCUGAAGAGUGCAAUUGAAAAGGCCAUGAUCUCCUGUAGGAAGAUAGCAGAAUCCAGCCUCCGCGUCCAGUUUUAUGUCAGCCGUCUAAUGGAAGCUCUGGGCGAAUUCAGAGGAACAAUCUGGAACUUAUACUCGGUUCCAAGGAUAGCCGAACCCGUGUGGCUUACCAUGAUGUCUAGCACUUUGGAAAAAACCCAGCUCUGCCAGCGAUUUCUCAAGGAGUUCACUUUCCUGAUCGAACAGAUCAACAAAAACCAGUUUUUCGCCGCCUUACUGACCGCAGUGUUGACCUACCACCUGGCCUGGGUCCCGACCGUCAUGCCCGUCGACCACCCUCCUGUUAAAGCCUUCUCCGAGAAGCGCACGUCUUACUCGGUCAACACGCUGGCCAAGACACACCCCUACAACCCCCUCUGGGCACAGCUGGGUGACCUCUACGGGGCCAUUGGCUCUCCGGUCAGGCUGACGCGCACGGUGGUGGUGGGCAAGCAGAAGGACCUGGUGCAGCGCAUCCUCUACGUCCUCACCUACUUCCUCCGCUGCUCUGAGCUGCAGGAGAACCAGCUGAGCUGGAGCGGGCCUCCCGGCGACGGGGACCCAGCGCUGAACGGGAGCAAGAUCACGACCGCCCUGGAAAGGGGCGAAGUGGAAGAGUCGGAGUACGUGGUGGUGACGGUGAGGAGCGAGCCCGCCCUCCUGCCCCCGAUCCUGCCGCCCACCCCCGGGUCCGAGGGGCCGGCCGGGACCUCAGAGGGCAUGGACUCUAGAGAUCUGGGCCCCAGAGCCGACAGAGAAGGGGACAGGAGGCCGGAGCUGAGCUCCGAGGCUUGCGAUGCCGGGUCUCUGGAACCAGAGCCCGACCCCCCGCGGAAACUCCGGGAUAUGUUCUGUGGGGAAAGUAGCCACGAGGCAGGGCCGGGGGACGCCGUGGGGGUCCCCGGCUCUGAGUCCCCGGGGUCGGGACAGACCACCCCGCAGCAGACUGUCGGCCAGGGCCCCCGAGAAGACCCACCCAAGAAAGCCCCAGAGCGCUCGGGGGCCUGGCCCUGCCCGGACCGGCGUCCCCAGGUGGCGCUGCCCUCGGAGAAGGUGACCUUCCAGAUCGGCAGCUCCAUCUCGCCAGAGUCGGACCUGGAGAGCCGCACCCGGAAGAUGGAGGCCCUGCUGCAGGGUCGGGCCCCGCGGCCCGCGGCCAGCCCAUGCCAGGCCAGCUCCUGCCCACAGAGCGCACACGGUGACGUGGACAAUGGCGCACCUGACGGGCCUUUUCCCGAGGACGGUGGCGCUCUCGAGACUGGGGAGGCCGCUGACGCCGUGUGGCAGCCCAGCCAGCCUGCCCCGAGGCAGCAGUUGGCAGGAGCCGCCCCGUGGGCCCCGGAGGCCACCCAAGGCGUGUCCAUGCCAGAGGCCGGGGUACCGUCGGUAUCUGCCCCGCGCAGGUGUGCCCCUCGGGACAUGGGCUUCUCUGCCACUGCUCGUGUCCCCCGUGGGGAGGCCACCAGGAAGGCCAGGGACAUGCCCCGGAACGAGAGCUCGGACAGCGCCCUGGGGGACAGUGAUGAUGAGGCCUCUGCCACGCUGGACCCUGGCCUUGGUGACCUCGAGGAAGGGGCCACAGAAGUGGAGCUGCCUCUGCCGAGGUCUCAGAGCAUCAGCAGCCUGAGCGUGAGAAACUUCGGGCGCUCUCUGCUGGCGGGGUACUGCCCCACCUACAUGCCGGACUUGGUGCUCCACGGGACCGGCAGUGACGAGAAGCUGAAGCAGUGCCUGGUGGCCGACCUGCUCCACACGGUGCAUCAUCCGGUGCUGGAUGAGCCAAUCGCCGAGGCCGUAUGUAUCAUCGCGGACACAGAUAAGUGGAGCGUGCAGGUCGCCACGAGCCAGAGGAAGGUGAUGGACAGCAUGAAACUAGGCCAGGACGUCCUGGUCUCCAGUCAGGUGUCCAGUUUACUUCAGUCCAUUUUGCAACUUUACAAGCUUCACCUCCCCGCUGAUUUUUGCAUCAUGCAUCUGGAAGACAGACUCCAGGAAAUGUACCUUAAAAGCAAGAUGCUGUCUGAGUAUCUCCGAGGGCACACCCGCGUCCACGUGAAGGAAUUGGGUGUUGUGCUGGGAAUUGAAUCCAAUGACCUGCCACUCUUGACCGCGAUCGCCAGUACCCAUUCCCCGUACGUCGCUCAGAUACUCUUAUAAGCUAAAGCUCAGGGCAGUUCUUCCUUGGAAGAAAAAAAUAAAUAAAGCAAGACUCUUGGCCGAAGGAGAAAGAAAGGAAUACGCCCUCGGUGACAGCCGAAGCACGAGAAGGUCCAACCGUCAUUCCACCGCUGCGUUUGGUUUGGCUGCUUUCAAGCAGGUGCGCCUUGGGAUUGACCUUGGACGCCUUGGGUUUGCCUAACAGAGUGGCGUUUGUGUUUCUCCUGAACACUUUAGGUCUUUUGUCACCGGCGAAUCAACAGAGAGCGUGUCCUUUAUGACCGGGGGACACUCAGGCACACUGCGGAACACUAAGCCGAGGGUACAGGCCUGCUGGGGCGACUGGGCGAGCCCCGUACAGACCCCAUUCCACUAAGGAGAGGUUUCCCACCUGGAGGCCUGAGCUCCUCCAGGCCGGAGAGAAAGCCAGAAUAAGGACUUGUGACUCUGGGUCAGACUUUGCUUUUGCAUGAAAGGUGAAUUCCAAGGAGCCACCUGUGCCAUCCUCAGCUCUGGCGACGCUGCAUGUUGCUGCCUUACCUGUGACAUGAGAGAAGCCUGAGUGCUGGGAAGAGACCCUGGUCUCGGGUCCCCACUCUGUUUGCGUCUCCGCCGCGUUGACCUUGCUUUGGACGCAGCCACGGGUGGGUUCCAGACGGGCGUGCUGGUGCAGUCGACCCCAGAACCAAUGUAGCAUCUUAACCCCAUCCAGAUGUAGUUUCCUGUUCUAGAGUGUGCGAUCUGAUGCCCUGUGUUGCGCCCUCUGCUGUCGGGGGUUCAGCAGCCUUUGUAGGAGAGGCCAUUUACCAAAGUUGUUUCUGUCGACUCAAGAGAGUUUCUGUCGCUGUGUUCCUCCAACGGAUGCCACUUUCUCCUCGUAGUAGUUAAUGCAUGAGACGAUACUUUAAAAGGCACGACUGUGCGGGUAGCAAAUGAAACCAUAUGGCAGUCUGGGGCGAUGAAUGAAGGUGAUCCAUUUGAGUAUUAACCAACAGUGCAUAUGUAACCUAAAUUUGUACAUUAUCAUCUCUGUGCCUUUGAUGUACUUUUGAAAAUAUCUUUCCAGAAAUUUGAUGUUCCCAAGAUAUGAAAGCUGCCAAAAUGAAGAGUUGCUUAUUAACGAGGCUCACUUAAAUAUGUAUAUGUGUAUAUAUACGUAUAUACAUAUAUAUGUGUAUAUAUACAUAUUUACAUAUUUAAAUUUUCUAUUAAGAAACCUAGUUUACUGACCACAAAACAGACUGUGUGCUGGCAUCCAGGGUAAAUGAAAAAGACAUUAAGCUGUCGAUUAUCUUUAAAAGACAAGAGCCAGUCAAAUAAGGCAUCACAUGAGCACUUGGCCAUUCCUGAGUUCAUUCUAACCAAGCCUGAUUUCCUUUCACUGUUUUAUACAUUUAUUCCCGUCCUUCCCAUGUAUCCACUGUACCCAAGGAUAUCAUGUACCUGCCCUUCCGGGCUUUAGAAGGACUUCACAUUUCCUCUCUGGUAAAAUUCCUCACCCGGCGUUCAAUGAACGCCGGGUUCCAUAAUUCGACCUCUUUAUUCUUGAGCAAGUACAGGUCAGCCGUCAGUGUGAAAGACAAGAGCCGAGCAGGUUCUGCUGGAGGGAAAAGGGUAUAUUCUUUCUGAGGCACGGAUCCACGGCUUCUUUCCCUUCUCUCGUUUCACCAUGUGAAAGGUAGAGGGAAGUUAUCAAAGCUCUUAUGGUCUUUAAUUUUUGUUAUGUCUUUCUUUCAUCCAAUGGAAGUUUUGUGUUCUGUCUAGUAACCCCCAAGUUUGGUGUUUGAACUGCCCUGGCCCUGGCCCCAUCACCGUUGUUGUGUCUCAGAGCCGGUGGACCCGCCCCCAGCUCACUGUCCAGCGCCUGCUCUUCGCUCCACGGGAGCAAGGGGUCAGGGCCGGCAUCACACUUUAAAGAAGCCCUGGGUCGUUAGUCCCCCAUUCCUAGUUUACAUGUUUCAGGCACUUUCCCUCAUUCAGCCACCUUCCAGGGUUUCCACAGACAACAACUCAACAGAGAGUCUCCUCCGGGCUAAUGUGCUGAGGGGCAAGUUGGAAAUGAGACGCAUUUCGAGGGGAGCAGAGCUGAAAAGGGAUGAUUGCAAAUGCCGUCCGCAAAAGAUGUAGCCCUGCAGACUGGAUUUGGCCUCUUCCUCUCCUGGCCCAAAAUGCGCUCUUGGAAAAAGAUCUGCAGGUGGAGCGCGUGUGGGGGUUGUCCCGGCAGCACUCAGAGUUCCCGUCAGAGCCCAGGUCUCCGUCUGUUGCCUACAAAAACAGACCAAGAAUGUCGCUGCUCUUUUUUAAAAGCCCUCCUUCAACGAACAUUCGAGUUGUGUUUGUCUUAAAUCCAACCUCUUCCCAAGAGUAGAGAAAAAAGAGGAAACUCACGGAAUUGCACUGCGAAACCCCCACUCGUGGCUUCAUUCUCUGUUAGCUGGAGAGGCGAGAGAGGGGUCCCGCCCUCAUCUAAAUUCACCUCAAAGGGGAAAAAAUUGAGAGCAAGAGAGCGAGAGAGAGCGAGUGAGCUAGCAAGAGAGAGAGAGAGAGAGAGAGAGAGAGAGAGAGAGAAAACUACCUCAGUUGACAGGAGAUUCCACCUUAAGGGUUUCUUCAGCUUUUUAGUCUUACUUGUUGUGUGUUUGUAGCUUCUUGCUUUUUUUUUUUUGAACCCAGCUAGGGAGGCUCGACAGAGCAGACAGUUGAGCGUUCCUGUGACAGCCUCUUUCUAGCCUGUUGCAGUUUGUAUUUUUUUUAAUAGAUUGACGAGUGAUGCGAAUGUAAAAGCUAAUUGUGUAUGUUUAAACAUGACAAUGAAAAAAAUUAAAACUUAGCUUCCAUACUUGUGCAUAAUUCCAAAGUAUUUUAUUUUUAUCAGUGUUAAAUAGCUUUUUGUACAGGCUUCGAUCCAUUUUUCUGAAGUGUGCUGUUUUUUAAUGAGAGUAACUAUAAUCUUUUCACAGCCCAUGGAACCGCCGUUUACAUACACAUCACAACUUUUUAAAACCUACCAUAUUUUUUCAAAGUUAACUUUUUUGGAGGGGAAGAAAAUCCCACUUGCUAAAUGAUACUAAACUGUUGUUAGGCUCUUAUAAAUUAGAUCCUGAGACUUUGUAAAAAUUUAGUUUGUAGCUUUUUAGGUUCUUCACUAGCUGUUGUAUAAUAAAAAUAAAGAAUACAGAGUGACCCCCAAAUUCUUCUAAAUGUUUGGAUUUUUCCACUAAUAUGUACUUUUGAGAGUACUUUGUUCAUGCAUAUUUUCACCAUUAAAUUGAAAAGGCUUUAGCUUCUCUUGGUAAAUGUGAACCAUUUGUUUUUUAUUGUGUUUGGGAGAUGGGGAUAUUUUAAUAUAAUAUUUGCCCAAAUCAGACAGCUCCCUCGGUGUAUUCAACUUUGAAAUGUCAAAAUUUGGCAAACUAUAUAACUUGGAAGCAAAACUCAAACAUGCUUAAAUUUAAGUGGUAUUUCAAUAAAGGGGAAAAAUUGAGAUUUGUUAUGAUUGAGGCACCAUUCAUACAAAUUGAUAGGACUUUAUAUUUUUGAUCAGUUAUGUAUGUAUCAAUGUCAAUAGGGGAAAUCUUUCUUAAAACUUGUACUUGUAUUACUUUGAUUCAUUUUUUUUCUGUGGCAUUUUGGUGCAAUAAACCUUUUGAAUUGAUCUCAAA